CACUAUAAAAUCGGUCUUACAGUUAGCUAUAUUUUCAGAUGAAUUAAUCCUUUCUUACGACAAAUUUCUAAACAUUUGAUUUUUUAGGUUCUAUGCUACUCUGAAAGCUUUUCUCCAAGUGUCGUUUAACAAUCAUUGGGAGACUGACAUACACUGGACUGAUCAGGGACAAAAAACGGAGCAUGUGGACAAGUUCGUCUUCACUACUGCUUUCAAAAUAGCAAGCUGGAAUGUACGUACUGAACUGCUAUUGAUGUGGAGAAAUAUCACUAGUCAUUAUCCGGAAUUUGAAGCUCUUGUUUUUGACGAGAAUAAUUUCUAUUCUGAUCAGAUGUUAGAACUGCAAACAACCACAUUGCAGUCUUUGGGAACUGCGAUUCUGACCCUUAUUGCAGGUCUUUCCAAUUUUUUUGAUCGCUAUUUAAGUUGACA